AUGAGGAAGAUCGCGGCGCUUUACGAAAAAUUCAAAGCUACAGGUUCAGGGUCAGAUUCAGGGAGGGGUCGAGGCAGGGGUCGAGGGAAGGGUAAAGAGAAGGUUAAAGGGGCGAGGUCCCCAUCGCCUGUAGCUUCCUCGUCGUCGUCUGAGGAGGAGGAGGUACCUUCCGCGCACACCUCUGGUGACGAGGAGGAGGUACAGGAGGAGCAGGAGCAGGUGGAGGCGGAGACAGUUGGUUCCCAGGAAGACGCUGACAAGAUCCUCUUCCUUGAAGAGCUUGAAGCCAUCAGAGAUACAUGCCAGGGUCCAUGGGCGAUAACCGGGGACUUCAACUUAAUCUUGAAUGAAGCUGACAAGAGUAACGAGCGGAUCGACAGAACCAACUUGCGUAGGUUCAGAAGAACGGUGGCGGCACUGGAGCUACAGGACCUACAUCUUCAUGGUCGGUGCUUCACAUGGAGCAACGAAAGAGAACAUCCGACGCUAGUCCGCCUUGACAGAGUUCUAGUCUCCAUUGACUGGGACACUCUGUUCCCAAAUGCACACCUACGCGGGUUGAGUUCUGAUGCAUCAGAUCAUGCCGCCUUACUGUUGCAAACGAACUUGGGCCAAAUGAGCAAGGUCCGGUUCCACUUCGAGCUCUUCUGGCCCAAGUUCGAUGACUACAUCGAUGUCGUCCUGGAGGCCUGGAAGCGACCGGCAAAUAUACAGGACCCGAUGUUGCGCCUCGACGCGAUGCUGCGAAGCCUGGUUCGUGAUCUGCAGCGACGGGCGGCGGAAAGAAUCAGCGAGAUCAAAGCACAAUUGCUCAUGGCGAGGGAGCUGGUGCUACGACUGGACUCCGCCCAGGAACGCCGGCAACUCUCGGAGGCGGUCAGGCGGAGAACGGGCUUAGGAAACGUUUGA